CCAUUCUUCAUUGAGAACUUCAACAAAGGCGUGGCGUGUGCCUUGCACGGUGUCGUUUCAUCUCUCUUUGCUCUGCUCUGCAAAAUAAAAAUAAAACAAAGCAUCUUCUCCUUUUACUCUGUCUUUGCCUUCACCUACCCUUCUUCUCCAUAAUUCCUUCUCCGAUCUUCUCCUCUCUCUCCGAUCUCCACCCUCCAGGUAAACCGUUCAAGGUACAAAUGGAUAAUUUCCUUGGAGGCUUUACAGAGGGCUCUACAACUUUUAAUCAGGAUAUUCAAAGAUGUCCAUUCUUAAGGAAUAUUAAUGAGCCGACAAAUUUCUCAUUUUCCUCGUCCAUGGCAUUCCCAAUACCUGUACGUGGAGCUAAAGGGCCAAUUUUUGAAGAUGGUCCCAAUUUUGAUAUGGCAUUUAGGCUUUUUCAUGGACAAGAUGGAGUUGUUCCACUCUCUGGAAGAUCUAUGCAUCCAGAGAGUGUAGAACUCAAACCAACCCCAUCACAGUUCAAUCCUUUAGCUGCAAAGGCAGCCACUAUUAGCCUCUCAUCCUUCGGACCUGGAGGCCCCUUCAGCUUUGAUUCAUUUUCAGAAAAGUGGAAAAAUCAGAAAAAGAAAUUUGAGUCAUCCAUGAAAGAGUCUUCUUCGCAGGGUGGAAAUUCACAGCAUGAAGCAGUGGGCAAUGAAUGGCUGCAAAUGGGGAACUGCCCAAUUGCAAAGUCAUAUCGUGCUGUUAGCAGUGUCAUACCGCUUGUCGCCAAAGCUCUUCAGCCCCCACCAGGCAUGAAAUUCAAAUGCCCACCAGCAGUAGUUGCAGCAAGAGCAGCUUUAGCAAAGACCGCAUUUGCAAAGAAUCUCCGUCCCCAACCAUUGCCAGCAAAAGUACUUGCAAUCGGUCUACUAGGCAUGGCAGCAAACGUACCUUUAGGAAUAUGGAGAGAACACACUGAAAAAUUCUCACCCUCAUGGUUUGCUGCCGUUCAUGCAGCUGUUCCAUUUAUAGCUAUGCUAAGGAAAUCUAUUUUAAUGCCCAAGUCAGCCAUGGCAUUUACAAUUGCAGCAUCAGUUUUAGGGCAAGUCAUCGGCUCGAGGGCAGAGCGACUCCGACUCAAGGCAGUGGCUUCAAAAAAACUAACCCUCCAAGAUUCUCUCGCUGAAUCCACCAUUUUGCCGAUGGUUACCGUGAAGAACGGUCAUUGUGGCGACAUAGAAAGCUGGAAUCCAGUUACCACUCUUCAAGUAGCAGGUCCACCUUCACCAACCAAGGUGCCUUGCUGAUCUCUUCUUCACCAUUUAUUGUGAGUGUUUUGCUCUGUAUCCUAAUGAGUGUAAUUCUUCAAUUAAUACACCAGUUUGUUCAUUUGUUUGGAAGCAUUUUGACACUUCAAAAUAUAAAAUGAUAAAAUAAAGUCUCUGUGUGUGUGUGAAUUAAGUCUUUUGGUGGGAAUGUUCAAUUUUGCUUUGUGAUAUUUUGGCCCGGAAGGAAAUUGAUGAGAAGCAAAGCAUUACCAAUAA